AUGGCACCAACAAACAACCUCGCCUUCACAGCCCCGCUAAACCCACCAAACACACCAACCCGCCUCUCAACCUCCCAAAUCUGGGCCGGCCUCCUCCUCAAAUGCCGCUCCGCAGAAACCUUCGUGCCCGCCGCCAUCCAAUCCACCACCGUGCUCAGCGACACCAUCGACCCGACCACCAGCAACACAGUCGUCGUUCGGGAAGUGCUUUUCCGCGAGUCGCAGCAGCUGGUGAAGGAAGUCGUCACUGCCUUUGAGCCUUGUCGGGUGGAGUUUGAACAGCCGGAUGGGAGUCGCAUUAGUAAUGUUGUUAGUGAGGGGGCGGAUGGGGAGUUGUAUUUGACGUAUAUUUUUGAGUGGAGACAUCCGGGAUUGAGUGAGGAGGAGUUGGAGAAUGCGUUGGUGAGGGAGAGGCGGAUGAGUCGGCAGGCUGUGGAGGGGACUAUUAAUGUUUUGAGGAGGCUCGUAGAAGAAGGGAAGCUUUGA